GCUUGCUUGGCCGGGGGUCUCGGAACCGGGGAGGCGCGCCAGGAAAGUUUGGAGGUUUGCAGGUCCUCCUUGCCUUGUCUUGAAGACAGAAUGAUGCCAAAGAAAGGGAAGGCUGCAGGGAAUGGGAAGGAAGAGGGGCCUGUUCCCUGCAAACAGGUGAAGGUAGAGGCAGCUGGUGAAGCUUUCACUUUAAACUUUGACAGCCCCAAUGGGUUGUUUGAAAGUUUGAUCUCACCCAUCAAGACAGAGACUUUUUUCAAGGAGUUUUGGGAGCAGAAGCCCCUUCUCAUUCAGAGACAUGAUCCUGCACUGGCCACAUACUACCAGUCACUGUUCAGGCUAUCAGAUCUGAAGAGUCUGUGCAGCCGGGGUAUGUACUAUGGAAGAGAUAUAAAUGUCUGCCGGUGUGUCAAUGGGAAGAAGAAGGUUUUAAAUAAAGAUGGCAAAGUGCACUUUCUUCAGCUGAGAAAAGAUUUUGAUCAGAAAAGGGCAACAAUUCAGUUUCACCAACCGCAGAGAUUUAAGGAUGAGCUUUGGAGGAUCCAGGAGAAGCUAGAAUGCUACUUUGGCUCCUUGGUUGGCUCUAAUGUAUACAUAACCCCUGCAGGAUCUCAGGGCCUGCCACCCCAUUAUGAUGAUGUGGAGGUUUUCAUUCUGCAGCUGGAGGGAGAGAAACAUUGGCGCCUCUAUCACCCCACCGUGCCCCUGGCGCGAGAGUACAACGUGGAGGCCGAGGACAGGAUUGGGAGACCGACACACGAGUUCACGUUGAAGCCAGGUGACUUGCUCUACUUUCCCAGAGGGACCAUCCAUCAAGCGGACACUCCUCCGGGGCUGGCCCACUCCACGCAUGUGACCAUCAGCACCUACCAGAACACUUCAUGGGGAGAUUUCCUUCUGGACACCGUCUCGGGGCUUGUGUUUGAUACGGCGAAGGAAGACGUGGAGUUACGGGCCGGCAUACCCCGGCAGUUGCUCAUGCAGGCAGAAACCACAACUGUUGCAACAAGAAGAUUAAGUGGUUUUCUGAGGAUGCUUGCAGACCGGCUGGAGGGCACCAAAGAACUGCUUUCUGCGGACAUGAAGAAGGAUUUCAUUGUGAACAGACUCCCGCCUUACCAUGGAGGAAAUGGAGCAGAGCUUUUAACACCAGCUGGACAGUUACCAAGACUGGACAGCACAGUGAGACUGCAGUUCAAAGACCACAUCAUCCUCACCCUGGGGCCGGACCAGGAUCCAUCUGAUGGGACUCGAGAAAAGAUGGUUUACGUCUACCAUUCCUUGAAGAAUAGGAGAGAGAUGCACAUGAUGGGAAAUGAGGAAACAGAGUCUCAUGGACUUCGCUUCUCUUUAUCACAUAUGGAUGCACUGAAACAGAUUUGGAACACUUCAGCUAUUUCUGUCAAGGACCUGAAACUUACUUCAGACGAGGAAAAGGAAAGCCUGGUAUUAGCCCUCUGGACAGAAUGUUUAAUCCAAGUGAUCUAGUGCCUAACAUUUCAUAUAUAGGCUUAAGUCAACACAAACUUUCCUUAGGUGAGUAUUGGCUAGGUGGACUAAGUAACCCAGAAAGUGACAAAACUACUUUUUACAAGUUUAUUUAUUUAGUCCAGUGUGGUAGAAAAGGCACAACUCCAAUAAAUGUAUCAUUUAAAUUUAAAGGAUGUUAACCUGGAUUUUUAUCUUUGGGAGAAGCAAUUUCUUUAAAACUGUAGAGGUGGUGAGGCUCUUCAAACAAUUGACAUGAAGAAAAAAAUUUACUUUUUUUUUUUUACAAUAAAAAUAUACAUACCUUUGUUGUAUACACAAGCCCAUUCCAUUAAAUAAUACUGCCACAUUAAUGAGAGGCACUUGCAUCUAUGGGCCUAAGGGAGUUUGACAGAUUCCGCUUGAAGAAAGACAAAGGCGCCUGAGACUGAAGGGGGAAAAACCCAGUAUUUACAUGGAAAGACCAAGUUGCUAUAAAAAAUACUCAAGAUAAUGGGUCUUUGAGUUUAAACAGUUCAAUGUUAUUUUACAUUCUAAAGUGCAUAUAGGUUGAUAAUUUUAAAACUAUCACUGGGGAAUUUAAUCAUUUUAUAUAAAAAUAGAACAAAUUUUUUGGCAAAAGUUGGAGGGUAAAGGAUCAGUUGCCUAAAUAUGUUUAAAACCAACUCAGGAGGGAGAAAUGCUUGUGAAUUAUAUAGUUAUGGUGGUGAUUACUUGAAACUGAGUCAAAGAUGCUAUCCUACUUGAUUUUGCUUUAAGAAAACCUGAGUUUUCUAUCAUUUUUCCACUUUCACUACUAUGGGCAAGCCUCAAAUACUUCACUUGAACUUUUGAAAUCUCCCUUCAGGCGGAUAAAGAAUAACUUGACUAUUCUUAUAUCAGAAACAAUCUUUAUAAAAAUACUUUUUGAGAGCACAGCUGGAAAAAUGUAAGAUGGAAUCUCAGCACCAGGUAGAAUUCUUAUUGCCCAGAAUGGUUUUGUUGAUUAGAGUAUUAGGAUAGCCUCAGGUUAUUUGUGCUUUUCUAGUUCGAAGGUCCGAGCAAACAAUGACCACAGAGCCUUUUCCCUAACAAAACUCAGCUCCCUCCUGGGGUCAGCUACAAGUAUGAGUAUUUCGGUGCUUCAUUUACAAAAAGCCUUAAUAGAGAACCUUUGAGGUUUAAUACAGUAACUUAUAGGAACAUUUAUUAAGAUGUUUUCAGAUAUUGCUAAGAAAUCGUUCAUCUUUUUGAAAAAGUAUGACUUGUAAGGAAUUUUUAUUUCCCUGUGUCUUGCAUCUACUAGGAUAUUAAGAACUAUGACAGUGUCACCAAUGUCCUAUAAUGGCUAUAGGAAUAGGAUUCACGUUUGAUGGAUAGAAGGAAAAUGGCCUCAGGAAACUUGCUCACCAAAACUGGAGAUCCGGCAGGAAUAGAACCUUUCUCCCAGAAAUCGUAAUGCAAUCUUCAUAGGGACAGUGGAUAAAUAACUGGCAAGAGUAUUUUGAGCUUUUACCAUGGUUAAGAGCGACAGUCCUGGAGCAAAAGUUCAUUCCGCUCUGUGAUCCAGGAGUAUGAGGACAAGAGGCUUCCUUCCCAUGAAACACAAGGUUCCCUCCUCUGCUCUUUCUAGGGAGAUUAUGGAUUCUCAUAAUAUUUCAAUGUCCCAUUUCUGUGUGUCUUCUCCUUCCAGGGGCUGAUUUACAAUUACAUGAGUCUUGUCAUAAUAAUUUCCUCCUAAAACAGAAGUUGCAAAAGAAAAGGUCAUUGUUAACUACUUCCAGUGUUCACCAGCUUUUGUUCAGCCUACUGUUUGUGUAGAUUACUAAGUCAUUUAUGAAGUGUUCUGAAGUGGGAAACUGAGUUUAAAUAGACUUAGCAAUUAUUCAUCUCAGAUUGAAAAACUGGGAGGUAUAACAGAUGAUUGCAUAAGCAGUGUGCUUCUCAGGAACAAAGCGCUGACAGUUCUGGCUGAAUGACAGGUACAGUUUUUUUGUCUCUUCACCAGCAGUGGCUAUGACUAAAGCCAAUUAAAGCAACAGCCGUGAAUAAUGCUGGCCCCAGCGCUGUUAACUUCAAAAACAAGGUUCAGUGAUACCUACCGUAAAUUUUAACUGAGGACUUUUAAGGACUAUAGCAAUUCACAACACAAAGUUACAGAUGCUUCUAAAAAACAGACAUUUUAUGGUAGUUGAUUUCUUCAAGGUUAGAAUUGUUCUGAAAGAUCAUGCAGCCAAUGGAAGUUGUACAACUGUACUAAUGAACAGAGACCUUAAAGAGUAACCUUUGACCUUUUUUUCUGCUUGUUCCAUAAUUGCUUUGCUUUCCAAAAUGACUUAACUUUUUUCUAAGCAUAAUUAUAGUUCUCGUAUAUAAGAAUUUCUUUCACGUGGGAGAGGGAGGUUUGGCAUUUUGGAUGGUGUCUGGGACACAGAACACUGGGUUUCAUCACAGGCCUACCUUUAACAUCAAGGACCAGUUGAUCACUGAGAUAAGAGCUGAUGGUUCCGUUUCUGUUCAGUCUCCACUUCUGCCUGCACUGCCCAUGCUCAGUCCACAGGGCCACUUUAGCCCCAGGUGUGUCCCGGCCACCAAUCACAUCGAGACAUGUGUCACUGGCCUGGAAAGGAUUAAGAAACAAACUAGCAGUAAGUACUGUGUUUGAAGUGUGAUAACCUUUUUUAAAUCUUCCUUAAUGGCAGUGGGAAGGAGAUGAUACAGAAGUUUGACUGAAAUAGAGGUAUUUGUUUUUUUAAAGGAAAUCUGCAUCAGACAACAGAUGUUCAAUGAACUAAAUGUUAAAUCCCUGUUUGCUUAGAUGUGUUUGGGUGAGCUUGAUUUCCUUCUAAAAACAUUGAGUGACUUGCUACAUUGAGAUAAUAAAUUACUAUAAAUGCUUUUCAUUUUUGAGGUGUGAGGAACAAGGUAGAUGAUCCAUGGGUGAUACAUGGCUUAAUUUUUUUUAAAUUGGUGUUCUGUUCCCCCAGGACAUCAAACAUAAUGGAGAUACUUAAAACUUUCUCCAGUUUCUUCUACUUCGUUGUACAUUUUAAAAAUGAGAAGAUUUGGAAUAAGACAGACAUGACUUUAUAUGGGCCAGUAUAGAAACAAAAAAGGUAGCACAAAAGUACAUGGCCCAUCUAGAUCCAAUGACUUAUUGCUGGUUUUUAAAAAUCAUUUGUGCAUAUUUGUAGUAUGUGACUCAGUUCUUAAAAACUGGAUUUUCUAAAUCAAAUUCUCUAAAUCAAUUUAACUUACAUACUUUAGUAAUACACGUAUCAGUACUUAUUUUAUCAUGCCAUUACAUUAGAUUUGGCAAGAUUCUGGUUUCCAAAGCGAGUAUAGUGUGGUUGGUUACCUUGGAUUUAAAGAGUCCUCGGCAGUAGUACCAGAUCUGAUUGUUCUUCCCACUGUAGGGAGAAAUGCACACAGAUGUUGCCCUGGUGUCAGCAACGUUUCCAGUAACAGUCAGAUACUCAUCCUGGGCUCGGUUCUUUAUUCUAAUGUACACUGCAGGCUGGCAGGGAGAAACAGAAAAAAAACUUUUGACUCUGGAAAAGUUUCCAAAGGAAAGCUUGGAGAGGACUUGAGAGGUGACGAAAUUUAGUUUACUUGUCAGUUUCACUCACUGCCUUUAGCAAAUAUGUAUAAAUAAAUAUUUUUCUAUUGACCAGUCCUUAGGCCAAUGUAGACAAAGCUUUAAGCCUUACAGUCAGUAUUAUACUGUUCUGAAAAACAUCCUUUUUUGAAAGGUUAAAAGGUAUUUUGAGUCACUGGAACUCAGUCUGGCAGGGGGUGGUGAAUAAUUUCAAUCCCCUGGUCCUGGAAUAUCAUACUGGAAGUUGUAAAAUAAAAUACUAAAUCUACUUACCUCUACUGAUAAAAGCUAGUAUUUACUGAAAGCUUACUAUAUGUUAAGCAGUGUGCUAAAGGGUUUCUGGACCAUUGUAGUCUGAGAAUUAACCAGAACUUCAUUUUAAGUAGAUUAUGACCCUAAUUUUAUAAAUAAGGUUAACCCAGUCUCUCUGCACCCAAACUCUCAUCUUAGCCAGGAGGCUGUAGUGCACUACACCAGGAAUAGAAGACUAACUUCAGAGGUGGCGAUGUGAAGUAAGUUUAUCAAACAGCACAUGACUGAGGCUCCAUGGAAACCAAUCUCUAAGCCCUGGGUCUCAGGCCUCCAAUCUUAAUGUGACAGGACACCCGACAUUCCCACCUAUCAAGUGUGGCCACCCCAGUGAAUCCUGCUAAGUAAUGAGGAAUGAUUGGUUAGUUAGGCAACUUUCACUCAAACACAAAAGGAGACCAUGGUUAAGACCACUAGCAGUUUUCUUACUGUUUUAAAACUUAUAUCAACAUGAAGUCAGUUGAAUUUUGUUAAAUUAUUGCCAUGGUAAGGAAAUAGACAUGGAACAUUUAAGCAAACUGAACACAUUUUCUCUGAUACUUAAAGUAUGUCAAAAAGAAUUCUUGGCAAAUGUUCUAAUGUUUCAGACCAUGACUUCCACAUUCAUAAUGCAACAGUGAUAUACUUAAAUUUCUGUAAUUUGGCUUGGUCUCCCACAACUAUCAUUAUUUUUUUGAGGCUUCAGUGUAUCAUUACAAUUUCCUUACCUUGAACAUGUAAGAAAACACGUGUAACCUUCAUAGAGGACAGAGGUUCAAUCAUGUUAGGACCAAACAUCACAGUUUUUAAAUCAACUCAAGUGAGGUACUAAUUACCCUUAUUAUCACUUGCAUGCCAACUCCUCUGUAAUUAUACUUAAAAACACUGAUACACAUUUUUAAGUGACUUAGUGACUUCCUAAUUCCCAGCCUCAAAGAAGAUCACAUUUUAAUUCUUAAGUUUCUAAACUAGAAUAUGAUAAGUACCAACAGCCUUAUCAGAAGGGAAAUAUGACCCAUAAUACUGUCAGAAACCUAGAAAUCUUUUGCUGGGUUUCAAAGCUGUGGUCGAAAUAAACAAGGAACGCUACUACUAAGAUAUUUUGAAAUUAAAUAUUUAACUAAAAUAAGAAUCAGGCAGUUCUCUAAAGCACAAUGCAACAAUAACAAUGUUCAUUGUUAGAGAGGAUGCAGUAACUAUCUCAGCACACUGAACAACAGGCAGGGACAUCCUUGCCCAGCAAGAAAUCACCUUUCAGAAAUGAGAAUAGGAUUCUUGGCAUCCAACGUGACUUCUAAAAUUUCUAACAAGAGAACUGAGCACUAGUAGAGAGAACUAAACUGAAUCCCCACCUCGACCUGUCAUCCCAGAUGACGGGAGCGAGGAAGAAGCAAAAUAUGGAGAUACAAAAUGCUCCACCACCCCACCUGUGCACAGUCAGCUCGCCGAUACUCAGUAUUUGGCAGAGGAGCAUCUCGGGUUCUCUUAGGGGACCCUGAUGCCAGCUAGAUGUUGUGUUGGGCCCUUUACAUACAUUAUUUAACCCUUACAGUGAUACAGAGAAAUAAGCAACAUGUCAUUGCUCAUCAGUGAGCGAACUUGAGGUGCCACGAAAUGCAGUGGCUCACCUGCAGGAGUACUGCUACAAGUGGCAGAGCUAAGAUUUGAACCAACAGAACCAGACGCGAGACAGCGUGUGUGUACAGGGCAACAAGGCCAAUCAGGCGCAUUUGUGUUGGCGCCCAUCUAUUCAGCACACCACGUGCCAUAGCUGAAUGUCAGGACCUCGGCAUUUCUAAGUGCUGGUAGAGUCACUGUGCUACACUUAGCUCAGCAUCUGAAAGAUGAGUGUCAAUGUUCAUCUUAUUUUGGAGGAAAGCAGGGUACGGUGGCUUAAGAACAAAGAUUUUACAGCAUAACAGACUGGGAUUCAAAAUCUGGUUCUGUCACUUGGAUGAUUUUGCCAACUUGCUUUAUUUCUCUGAGGCUUCUUUUUCUAGCUGUAAAAAGAGACUAUUAAGGCCUACCUUAAGUCUGGCUGAAAUCGAGUGAAAACAUCUUUGUAAGGGAUUAGAGAGAAUUGCAAAUGGCGUAUCCCUGACCUGAACAGCCUCGCCGCCCACCACUCCUUCUCUGACCAAGGCAUUGCCUGUGGCUUUUUGCUGGUGACACUUUGUUUGGCAUUUUGUUUCUGCUUUCAGUUGAUCUUAUUUUUCCCAACAAAAAAUGUAAGCGUCAACGAGGAAGAAAUCAUGUGACGGCCUAAUAAGACCCUUAAGCAUAACACUGACCAUUUAUCUACUUACACAUUCGUUUCUUCAAAUAAAUAGUCCCUGAGCCCCUACAACAUGCCAGACAUUGUGAAGGCGCAGGAGACAAAAUACAGCCCCUGCUUUCCCAGGCCUUGCAGUGGAGCCCGGAAGAACCAGGUCUAAUUUAUAAUUUAGAUGGAGAGAGGAUGAAAGAGGCAUCUUUGAGGACCUGACAGUUAAGUUGGAUAAGAGGGUUAAGAAAGAACUAGACCAGCCAGAACAAGGAAAGAACCGCCUAGCCAGGGCAGAGUCUAUCAAGAGCCUAAGCAGGACAGUACUUGGUGCACGGCCAGGUGGAAAGGAAACUGGUGAGAGCAGAGGCUGGAGAAGCAGGAGCAGCUCACACAGGCCAGACUAAAGACUUCAGGUUGUAUCCUAAGAGCAGUCGAAGCUGCUGAUGACUGACAAGUAGUAGGAGUGUGAUAAAUACUAUUUUAACUGAACUGUCAGGAUCCAUUAUGGGUAUGAUGUAAGCAGGGGGGAAAUCCAAACACUUAGGAAGUAAAGCUAAUACCAUCUCAGACUUCAUUACUUUCCUUUGCUUUCCAGAGAACUUACAAUAGUUUUUUUCAUGGAAAGUCAUAAGGUCAGAAGACUUUGGACUCAAAGCUAAAAUCCAGUGUGGACCUUAGGUACAAUUUUAUGAACUGGAUAAAAUCUUUCAAGAUUCUCUGUCCUAAUCUGGUUCCCCCAUAGUACAAAUGGCAAACCAAACCAAACCAUCAGUGUUUCGGAAGCUGUGGCUUAUGACAUUUCUACUAGAAAAUAGAGCUGUUUUGGAUCCUGUGGCCCUUUACUCCUUACCUGCUUCAUAGGUCGGAGAGAACCAAUGGUUUUCCAUCCACUGAAUGCUGACCAGUUUGGGAUCUCAUUAGCCUCAAGUAGAAUUUGUCUUCCCAAGAAAUUGGAUCCCUCAUAAGCAAUCCAGCUGCAUGACAGCAGGGAAGAAAAAAGUAGGAUAUGUAAAAACAAAAUGCAAUCUCUAAUCAGAAACUUCUAAUGUGAUACAGUACAGGAUUCUUUAAAAAACGCUUAGGUUUAGGGGGAUUGAGGGAAGUCAAAACAGGCGGGAGCACAAGGGAAUAUGGUGAUGGUUCACGGUGACAUGGGAGCACUCUGGGACUGCAACUAUGUAAGGAAAUAAAAAAAAUAAAAACGCUUAGGUUUGACCAUUAACACAUCCUUGAUAUCUGCCGCAAAACUGAGGUGCUGGAAGCGGGGAAGUCGGGGACCGAUGGAGCACGGUGGAGGAUUAUUGGGCCUCUGGUGGUGGCCAUUGUGAAAACAUGCAGUUGUGGAGUUUUGAACCUUAUAACCCCUAAAAACAUACAAUGAUGUAUACCAGCUUUAGUACAUAUAAUGCGGGGGG